AUUAAUGACAAAUAUUGAAAUAUGAAAUAUUUAAAAACAGCCUAUACGGGCAUAAUCAUGGACUUAUAAUCUAUUAUUAGUCUAUACUCUAUGGGCAUCAUAUACAAUUGACAAAUGAUAAGUAAGAAGUAUAAAUUAUAUUGGAAAAUUGACAUUGUUAUUAAACUAUAAUUUUAAUUUGUGAUUAGUCUAUUUUCGCCUCUCGUCGAUUGUCUAUUUCUCGCCAGAGUAUAGCUUACUAAAUAGUCAAUACUUAGCAGGAGUAGUUAGUAGUCACUUGUCGGUAAGGUUUACUGUUCUGUGUUCAAUUGAAGUUAAAUCUUAAAUCUUUCAAUCUUUGAAAUAAUAAAAUACCUAUUACCUAAUAGUUAAUACAAUAAAAUCGUAUAUACUCAUCAACUUAUAACUAUGUCAAUCAAUAAUGAUGUUCAAAUUGAAAAGUGGUCAUGUAUAAACUCUUUUUUUCAACAGCUUUUCGAUGUUAAAACUAAAAGUGAGACUGGUCUUUCAUUUAAAUGCUUAUUAUGUUUACCUAAACUGAAAAUUGUAUCUGCUUCUCAAUCAUCUAAUGCAAACCUUAGAACUCAUAUUAAGCUUAUGCAUUCUCAUCGUUUGAAUGAUUUCAAUGAAGCAUUUAAAAAAAGAAAUUGUGAUGACAUUAGUACUUCAAAACAUUCCAAGCAAUUAAAACUCACUGAAGUUGGACACAAUUCUAUUAAAUUAACCCAAACUGAGUUCAAUAAUGCAAAUUUAAAACUUAUUAUCAACACAGUAUCACCAUUUUCCCUUAUAGAACACCCAGCUUUCAUUAAUUAUUGCAAAGUAACAUUAUCAAAAGUACCGGUAUCUCGAAGAACAUUAAUGCGAAACGUAGAAAUUCUAUUCAACAGUUUAAUUGAAGAAUUAAAAAUGGAGUUCAAAACUGUGCAAUAUGUUUGUUUAACAGCAGAUUGUUGGACAGUUUUUCAUAGGUAAGUUAAAUACAUUUUUAGAUUUUACCUCCUUAAUUAAUUAUUUAUAUUAAUUAUAUUAUAUUUUAAUACUAUUUACUAUUUAGUUAUUUAAUUAGCUCCUAUACAAUAUUAUCUGUAAUAUUCUAUAUAUGACAUAUUAUAAAUGUGUGUACUGUCGUAUAUUGUAGACAGUCGUCCAAAUUAUUACUUAAUAUGUAUAAAGAACAAUAUUUUUAAAUAAAACACGGGAGAUGCCGGUGAAGCAAAAUGUGCUGAGGCGACAAGACAAAUUUCGUAUAUAAGACCGCCGUACGCACGGGCAGGGGGAGUCCCGCUGUCGCUGAGUGAGUCGGCGGGAGUGUAGGUACGACGAUCGCACGUGUGAAACGGCGGUUAUAGUACGGACUAAAUUAAUAGAAUUUUUGAUUGUUUAUUUUAUGUUUUUGAGUUUAAUAAAAAAGUGUUUCCGACCAGGACAACCCGAGUUGGAUAUCAUUUAAGUCUUCCUUGCGUUCCUACCUUUAUAUGGGAAACAGCGCCGAGAUAUACGUACCACGGGUAUAAGUAAUUUUCGAAUCAUUUCCACUGUAAAGGAGCGAAGAAUCGACAAGCGCACACCAUCGUACCUCGUUAGUUAACUGUGCCAUUCUAAUUCAUUUUAGAGAGUGUCAUUAACUAAAGAGUACGAGGGUAAGGCAUAGUUGAUUUACCGCAAACCCAUCGUACCUCCCUAGUUAACAGUGCCAUUCUAAUUCAUUUUAGAGAGUGUCAUUAACUAGAGAAUACGGGGGUAAAACUUACCUAGUUGGUUAUACCGCGUAUACUGAAAUACCGGUAUACCACAAAGUGGCGCCCAACGGGGUUUUUAUCCACGGUCGGAGACAAUUUUUUUGUGCGUGUGCCCUGGUACCUCAACCUUGGCAAGUUUAUUUUUUCGAAGUGUAUAUGUACGAGAAGUACAACAAUUUUACGUGUGGUCUGGAUUCACACCCAAUUUUUUUUUUGGUACAAGUGAAGUACGACAAUUGUGUACGUUUUGGUAGAAACCCUGAA